UCAGUCUGACAUGUGGCGCAGAUUUCGGCAAUGAAUAACACGACCAGCUCAGCUCUGGUAGGAGCUGGCGGCCACGAAGAGCUACCGGCGCACAGAGCUUUAACGGGCUGCGUCCUGGCGCUGCUCAUCAUUUGGACGCUUUUAGGUAACUUCACAGUGUGCGCAGCUGUCUAUCGAUACCGCCACCUGCGCGCUAAAGUGACAAACAUUUUUAUCGUGUCACUGGCUCUGUCGGAUCUCCUGGUCGCCGUGCUGGUGAUGCCGUGGAAAGCUGUGGCUGAAGUUGCAGGGUUUUGGCCGUUCGGAGGAUUCUGUAAGACUUGGCUGGCCUGCGACAUCAUGUGCUCCACGGCCUCCAUCCUCAACCUGUGCGUCAUUAGUGUGGACCGAUACUGGGCUAUCUCUAGUCCGUUCCGCUACGAGAGGAGUAUGAACAAGAAGGUAGCCUUCGUUAUGAUCGGAGUGACCUGGACCGUGUCCAUAGUGAUCUCCUUUGUUCCCGUGCAGCUGGAUUGGCACCGGGUGGAGAUCAGUGACCUGGCCGGGCAGGAUUUAACGCAUCGUGAUGACAGUAUUGAUGGGAGCUGUGAUUCCAGUCUCAGCCGCACCUACGCCAUAUCCUCCUCACUCAUCAGCUUCUACAUCCCCGUUGUUAUUAUGAUUGUCACAUACACCCGCAUCUACCGGAUAGCCCAGAUGCAGAUCCGGGUGAUAUCCUCCUUGGAGCGAGCGGCGGAGCACGCGCAGAGUUGCCGCUCACACUCUCACAUUGGUGUUCACCCGGAGUGCUCCCAUCGCGAGCUCAAAGUGUCCAUAAGAAAAGAGACAAAAGUGCUCAAAACGUUGAGCAUCAUAAUGGGUGUUUUCGUCUGCUGCUGGUUGCCAUUCUUUAUCCUAAACUGCGCUCUGCCUUUCUGUCCCGGACCGGGGGCCCCGGGAUCACAACGUGGCCCUUACUGCGUCAGCGAAAAAACUUUUGAUGUCUUUGUGUGGAUCGGCUGGAGCAACUCGUCUCUUAACCCGGUUAUCUACGCAUUUAACGCGGACUUCAGGGACGCCUUCUUGCGCCUGUUGCGCUGCCGCGACCGGGGUUUCUUGGCCGCGGUUAGCGCAGCGGUGGAAACGAUAAUGGCGAGCAACGAGACGGGAAACCCGAAGCGGGACAGCCCACAGAAAGCGAAGAUGAGUGUCUCCACAAAUGCCAGGAGUAGUCAGGACAGCGGGAACACCACGGUGACUGUCUUUUAUCACAAAAGGGCAACGUCGGAUCAAGUGUCAGACACUGAGGAAAGACGCGACAAAGACAGACUGACGCAGAUACCCAUAUAAACAGCAUCACUUACACAGUAUUGGACAUACUGCGUUUCUUUGUAUUAUUUUGCUUUAACAAACACUAAACUCUUAGUCCAGGAUGACUUUCAUGCAUUCAUUUUCUAUAUGUAUUCCAAUUCAGAGUUGCGGGGAAGCUGGAGCCUAAGAGGCAGGUCGCCGGUCCAUCGCAGGACCUCCAGGAUGACACUGAACCUUAAACCUGAAUGCUUUAGAAAAUUAAAGUGAGUGUUGUCUUUCUCACGGUAGUCUAACACAGGGUGACAUCAUCUAAAUUUAAACUUUUUGGUUAGUCACCUAGUCACACAAUCAAAUAAUACUUUUUCUUAUAAGAAAAAGUAUUAUGUGACACUAAAUAGUGUUUUUGUAGUUAGGAUGGACUGUUUUAAUGUUUUUGUGUUAAAAGUGAUAUAUAAUUGUUUGGCUUCUAUAACUUUUGAAACAUUAGCUGUCCCAAAUGUCCUAGAUGAGCAGUGUUUAGAUAAAGUGGGCCACCAGAUCAGUUAAAAUGAGCCACACAAACUGCAAAG